ACCACCCUCCACGCGGCUCGGUCACAUCCUAACCGAACGCAACUUGUUACGGUCCCAGCAAAAACAAUAGAUCAACGUGCAUGGAAAUCACAAACGUAAAAUAACAAACAACACACUUUGCGCUUACAAAAACUUAGACAACGUUUGCCAUGUCCUUAACGCUGCAAUUGUUUCUCAUAGUUAUUGUUUUUUUGGCAGAUGUCAAACAGCCGAUCGAUCAAUCGAUAUCGAUAUCUUCGGUAAAAGAUACUAUGGGCAUUAAAAGGAAGUUUUAUAAACGCCUGUUACUAUGUGGAUUACUGGUUAAUAUGCUGAUAGUGUAUUUUCUGUUGAAGCAACGUCUUCAGGUCUCGGUAUCUGAAGUAGAAGCUCCUGAAAUGGACAUAUGUUCCUUUCCGAAUUUAAAACCCUUCGACAAAGAAGUGCUGCGAUACAUACGAUCUUCUCCGAUAAAAAGUAUGCAGUGUCCUAGAGUUGGUCCCGACUUGUUUGCCUCGGACUUGUCCACACUCUAUCAAAUCCAACACGACUUCAUUGAUUACUCAAAGAUACGCUGCUUCUACAAAACUAAUGGUGAUUGGAUGAAGUUUUACAAAGCACUCGAGAUCAACCAUGCGAACGUCGUCCAGGUCAAAUGCACGCACUUGAAGAAAACUGUGCACCGAGAUUAUAUCACUAUAGUGCCUCACUUGCCAAUAAAAUCAAAGAAGUCUUAUAACGUUUUAGUAUUGGUCCUCCGGGAUUUGAGUCGCAUGAACUUCCAUAGAGAUAUGAGGGAAACGCACAGAGUGACGAAGAAGUUACGAAUCGUAGAAAUGCAACGACCGAACGUUAUCUCCAUGGACGAUCACUCCAACCUAGUCACAAUGAUGAGAGGAUGCCCAGAUAAGAGAUGCGAUGGAGAUUUUGUUUGGGAAGAGUUUCGGAGACGUGGCUUCCUCACCGCUUAUGCUGAGGAUGGAAUCAAGAAGCAUUUGAAUACCACAGAAUAUAAUUUUGAUUAUGAUUUGAGACUCGAUAAUAAUCUGCAAGACUUCUUCGGCUCGAAAUGGAACACCAACCUUCAUCCGUUAUGUAUGAGAAAUCGGAAAACGCACGAGGUUCUGCUAAAAUUUGCAAAGCAACUCUUGAAUCGCUCAUAUUUAUCGGACCAGAAUUUCUUCAUUUGGAUAACGAUUAACGCUGUGAAAGGUUCGGAGGAUCGUGUUAAAGACUUGGACGUGGAUUUUGCCAGAUUCUUUGAUUACUUAUCCAAGGCCGGACAUCUGAAUGAUACUUUUGUGCUGUUCUUGAGUGAUAGAGGAAACCCUCUCACUGAUCUUCAUAAUAUUCAAAGAGGUUUCGUGGAAAGUUUACUUCCCUUCCAUUUCUUAUCCGUUCCCGGAUGGUUUAAAUCGGAAUCAAGAGUUGAUUUUAAUAACUUGAAAAGAAAUCGGGAUGCACCAAUAACACCUUACGACGUAUAUCAUAGUUUGAAGAGUUUAGCAAACUUCGAUCAGCCUCAUUUAGGUAUAUUUUCUAAAUUAUCCAAAGACAACAACCCAUAUAUUCCAAGCGAGUACAAGGCUUGCUAUUGGAGACAGAUUCCUAAUAAUGAUUCUGAAGCAUUGAAAGCGGCGAGAUAUUCUAUAGAUUAUGUUAACUAUAAAGUGCAGAAUACUGAAUGUUUAAUUAUAAAUUUGAAGAUUAUUGUGAGCGUUAGAUACACGAAUAAUGAAAAUAUUUACGUGAUUAGAUUCUUGGUGAAUCAACUACAAAGCCUCUACGAAUGUGUUGUGUACAAACAUGGAUAUAGACUGCUUGUAAAAAGUGUAAACAGGGUGGGAAUAUUUGAUGAUUCGUGCGUCGAUGAAAAUUUGCACAAGAAAAUGUGCGUUUGUCCAAACACGUAA